AUGUCAGGAGAAAAAUCAUCAAAUAUCAUCAGCAGUGAUGAUAAAUCACCUGUUCAAAAAAAACUUCGUUUAUUAUAUGGUACUGUAAAUGUAGAUCAAGAAGAAGCAAAUAUAACAUUCUCAAAAAUUGCAACACAAUCCAUUUCCAGCUGUCAUGUUAUUUUAAUUGAUGGUCAAUAUAAAGAUGAUGCAUUUGCUUAUUUAUCACAUUCAUCAAGAGAUUAUGAACCAUUAUCAACACUUACAACUGAAGAAGCACUUUCUGAAAUUAUAAAACAUAUUGUUGACAAAAUUGCAGAUUACAAUAAAUUAAAUCAAGAGGAACAACUGAAUAUUUUGAAAACAAAAAUAAACACAGUGCUGGUAGCUGGUGGUAAUUGUGAAUAUUUACAAAAAUAUGGUCAUGAUUUAAUAGCUGAUGCUCAUGAAGAAAAACUUCGUCGUCCUAAUUUUUUUGGUUAUCAUUCAGCAAUUAAACGAAUUAUUGAUGCAUUAUUUGAAAAACAUAAUUGUAUUUUAAUUAAUCAUCCAUAUGUUUCAUCAUUAACUAUUAUUGAAGAUUUAGCAAAAUGUAUUUAUCAUAAAUUGAAUAGUGUAAAAACAUUACCUAAACGUUUAAUAGUAUUAAACAUGGAAGAAUUAAAUGCUGAUAUAGCUAAUCGUGGUGAAUUUGAAAAACGUCUUAAAUUAUUUUUAAAACAAAUUCGAACUGCAGAUGGUGGUAUUAUCAUAUUUAUUGAUGAUAUACAUUUAAUUCUUGGUGGUGAAGGUGUAAAUGAUGCAGCAAAUUUAUUAAAAUUCAUGUUAUCUCAACAUGAAAUUUGUUGUAUUGGUGCAACAACGUUGGAUGAAUAUGACAAACAUUUUGAACAAGAUCCAGUAUUGAAAAAACAUUUUCAAGAAGUUUUCAUUGAAGAAUUAACAGUUGCUGAAUCUGUUAAUAUUUUGCGUGAUGGUCUUAAACGUUCUAUGGAACCACAUUUUCGUUUUCCAAUUCUUGAUUCAGCCAUUGUUAGUGCUGUUGAAUUAUCUAAUCAUUUUAUAAUAUAUAAAUAUUUACCAUAUGAAGCAAUUGAUACAAUUUAUGGAGCAUGUAGAAACAUAUUCCGUGCUCGAAUGGAUAGUUCAUCUAAUAUAAUUGAUCGAUCAAAACAUGAAGAAUUAUCAUCAGACGUGACAGAAACAACAUCAUCAAAAGAAAAAGAUGAUACGUCAACAGAAGAACAUACAUCAGAAAAUGGUGAUGCAUCAGAAAAAGAAGAUACAGCAACAAAAGAUGAUACAUCAGAAAUAGAUUUAACUGAAGUUAAAGAAAAAUCAAAAACAUUUACAUUAAAACAUGAAAUUCCAAAAGGUGUUGAUUCUACUGUUAUUAUUGAUAUCUUUAGUAAAUUGACUGAUAUUCCAGUAUCGACAUUAACUGAAGCAGAAAAUAAUCGUUUAUCUAUAAUACGUGAAGAUUUACAUAAUAGAUUUAUUGAUCAAGAUGCUGCUAUUGACACUGUUGUUGAAACUAUUUUAAGAAAUCGAGCUGAAUUUCCAGUAAAAAAUCGACCACUUGCUUCAUUUUUAUUCUGUGGUAAAUAA